AUGGCGAUUGCCAUGGGCUGGCACAAACCCGACAAUGUCGCCGGUUCCUCCGCCCCGGCCAUCAUGGUCGGCCUGUUCGUCGCCACCGGUGGCCUUCUCUUUGGAUAUGACACGGGGACCAUCAACGGCAUUCUCUCCAUGCCUGCCUUUAUAGACCAGUUCAACACCGGAUACGUCGACACCACAAGCCAGACGCGCGCCAUCGCCCCUUCACAGACUGCCAUUAUUGUCGCCAUAUUAAGUGCCGGAACCGCCGUUGGGGCUCUGCUCGGCGCCCCUGCCGCCGACACGCUCGGGCGUCGCAUAUCCCUCGUCAUCGCAAUCGGCGUCUUCUGCUUCGGCGUCAUAUUCCAGAUCUGCGCCGAUGCCAUUCCCAUGCUGCUCGUCGGCCGCUUCUUUGCCGGAGUCGGCGUUGGUGCUGUUUCCCUUCUGGUACCUCUGUACCAGUCUGAAAUGGCCCCGAAAUGGAUUCGAGGAACUCUUGUGUGCGCGUACCAGUUAUCGAUUACCAUCGGCCUUCUUACGGCAUCUGCUGUCAACAUUGGCGUCAAGGAUAUUAGCAACGCCUCGGCUUAUCGAAUACCCAUCGGCCUCCAGUUCAGCUGGGCCGUCGUUCUCGCCCUCGGCAUUCUGGUCCUUCCCGAAACCCCACGAUAUCUUAUCAAACGAGGACAGAAUGAUGCAGCUGCCUUGUCCUUGAGUCGCCUCAGGCGCUUGGAUAUCACGCACCCGGCACUCCUCGAGGAGCUAGCCGAGAUACAGGCUAAUCACGACUACGAGAUGAGCCUUGGGCCCGAGUCAUAUCGCGACAUCUUCCUCGGAGAACCACACCUCGGACGUCGAACACUGACCGGUUGCGGCCUGCAGAUGCUCCAGCAACUGACCGGCAUCAACUUCAUCAUGUACUACGGCACCACUUUUUUCCACGGCGCCAACGUUGACAGUCCUUUUCUUAUAUCGCUCAUCACCAACAUCAUCAACGUCUUCUCCACAAUCCCGGGACUGUUCGUUGUUGAAACAUGGGGUCGACGGAACCUGUUGAUGAUCGGUGCCGCUGGCAUGGCCAUCUGCCAGCUGACCAUUGCCAUCUUCGCGAGUGUAGUCCGCAAUAGCGAGGGAGAAAUUGCGAGCAAGAUACUAAUCAUCUUCCUCUCAUUCUUCAUCUUCUUCUAUGCCGCCUCAUGGGGUCCUGUCUGUUGGGUCGUCACCGCCGAGAUAUUUCCUCUGAAGGUCAGGGCCAAGGCCAUGUCUGUCUCCACCGCAUCCAACUGGCUCUUGAACUUUGGCAUUGCGUACGGUACCCCAUACAUGGUGUCCCCCGGCGCAGGCUAUGCCGAUAUGGGAUCGAGAGUCUUUUACGUUUGGGGCGCUUUUUGCUUGCUAGCCGGCUUGUUCGUGUAUUGCAUGGUCUACGAGACGAGCAAGAUCAGCCUGGAGCAGAUUGAUGAGAUGUACGAGCGUGUCGACUACGCAUGGAACAGUAAAAAAUUCGAGCCCAGCUGGAGUUUCCAGCAGCUUCGCGACGAAGGAUUCGCCGACAGUGGCAUCCCACCGGCUGAACACGAGCUUCAACCCUCGGUCACCGGAUCCAGCGCCACGGAGAGCAUUCAGACGAUUCACACUGACUCCGCCCACGGCGAUAAUAGAUCCGAGGAAGAUAAGAUAAUACAGCAGAUGGGACUAGGCAACGUCGAGUUCAGUUACUGA